AACAUGGCUGCCUACUGUUCACCGAAGGCAUUUUUAUUUACGUUUAAAGUGUUACCGUUUUUAAGAAAGACAGAGGAAGACAAACGGAGAGUCUAGAGCAACAUUGAGUAAAAAUACAGCUGGGUUAAGAGGUAGGGUUUCGUUUAGAGGACGUAAGACGUUAAAAAGUAUUUACAGUCGGAGUGUCAUCGACAAUUUGACGUUGGGUUUUUUUCUUCAUUUUCGCUGAGCUGUCAACCCUCACAUCAGUUUCGGAUUGCGACUGAUUUGCGAUUGAUUCGCCUGUUAGCGCGCUAAGCUAGCUAAAGAGCAUAGCUGCUAACUGCAACGUAGCGUUAUUCACAUCCGGUAAUAGUCGCUAUGUUUAGCCCCGUGAAGUCGUCUUAUUUCAGAGUGAGCCCGGCCAUCGUCAACAGAGAACUCGGAAAGACCAAGAUGAGAUAGCAAGAGGGCACAUAGUGAUAGUGCUACCACACACCCAGUACUUCCAGGCUGAGUCCCUGUGUUACUAAAAGAAAACGAAGAAAGUCAGAGUUCACACCACGGUAUGUUUGGGAAUCUUUUCGAGGAAGAGGAGGAGGGAGGCUUCUCUUCCACUCCAUCCAAGGGGAGAGUGACGAAGGGGGGAGACGAGCCUCCUCCGCCCCGAGGAAGGAGCAAUCUGUGCGGCAUCAAGAACCAGGGGGGGACCUGCUACCUCAACUCUCUGCUCCAGACCCUGCUGUUCACCCCAGAGUUCAGAGAGGAGCUGUUCAGUCUGGGGCCAGAGGAGUUAGGACAUCUGGAAGAUAAAGAGAAACCAGGAGCCAAAGUCCGAGUAAUUCCACUUGAGCUCCAGAGACUGUUUGCCCGUCUGUUGUUGGUGGACCAGCAGAGCGCCUCCACUGCCGACCUUACCGACAGCUUCGGUUGGAACAGCAGUGAGGGAACAAAUCAGCACGAUGUUCAGGAGCUGAAUAGGAUUCUGUUCAGUGCUUUGGAGCACUCUCUGGUGGGCACCAGUGGUAGUUCAUUUAUCCACAGUCUGUACCAUGGGACCAUUGUCAACAGCAUCGUCUGCAAGGAGUGUGGGAAUGUCAGCCAGAGACAGGAGGAUUUCCUGGACCUGACAGUUUGUGUAUGUGGCAUGUCCAGUCUGGAGGAGGCUCUAUGGAACAUGUUUGUAGAGGAAGAAUUGUUCGAGGGCAAUAACCUUUAUCGCUGUGCACAGUGUAACAAACUGGUCACUGCUGCCAAGUCUGCCAAGAUGAGGAAGCUCCCUCCAUUUAUGACCAUGUCUUUGCUGAGAUUCAGCUUUGAUUUUGCCAAAUGUGAGCGGUAUAAGGAGACAGGGCGCUACAGCUUCCCGCUCACCAUCAAUCUUCGGCCAUUUUGUGAACAGACCGACGGGGAUGACUCAGAUUACUCCUAUGAGCUGUUCUCAGUGAUCAUCCAUAAAGGCGGCUGCUAUGGUGGCCAUUACCAUGUUUACAUCAGGGAUAUUGACCAUCUGGGCCAAUGGGAGCCACCUGAGGAUGACUCUAAACCUAAGACUAAGAAGAAAGUCGGGGAAGUGAAGGAGGUUAAAGUGUGUGAGCCAAAACUACAGGAGGACGACCCUCUCUCUGUCCUCACUAUUAUCAUUGCCCAGGAGCCAUCAAAGAGUGUCUUGUUGGACCAGCUAGGACAAAAACUCAUGGAUAAGAUUGGUUCAUCCUGGAGCAAAAAGUUCAGAAAACACUACGGUCCCAUAGGAAAGUUCCUGCAGUCCCACAAUGAUGUUUUCAUUUUGGUGUCCAACGGCACCCGUGUGGCACUGAAAGCAAACCCACCGAGCCCCACAACUGAGCCCCCUGGCCCAGUAGAUCAGAACUCUGAUUCCUCAUCGGCUCCAGACUCAGGAGCUGCUGAACAACAGUCAGGAUGUGAUCAGAUGCUGGAGCCUGAACCAGAGCAGGGUAGCCACUGGUUUGACCUCAAUGACUCUACGGUGACCUCUAUCAGGGAGUCGGACAUAGAGAAGCAGUUCCAGGGCAAAGAGAGUGCCUACAUGCUGUUCUACAGAAAAACACAGCUGCACAGGCCCAGUGAAGCGGUGAAUAAUCCCCAAUAUAAAGUUCCUCCUCACCUCAUCCAGAUGGCUCAGGAGGAGAACAGCAGAGUGCAGCAGAAGCGUGAGGAGUUUGAAGCCAGUAAUAACACAGUGGAGCUGCAUCUGCACCUGGCGCCUUCUUAUCGGCUCGAAAAUGGAGCCUUGCAAACAGUCAGCAAAGAGCAGAACGGGAGUACCGCACUCAGUUUUGACCGCAGAAAGACUGUGGGAGACCUGCGCUUAGCGAUUUAUCAGAUGCAGGAACUCUGGGAAGGGGAUAUGGCUCUGACCGUGGCUAAGAGUCUUCCAGCUGGUCUGCACUUAUACAACACUCUAACAGAUGAUGGUGUAUCCUUGUACAGUGCAGGUAUACAUACAAACACAGACCUGUUUGUGUGGAAUGGCAGAGAGGUUUGUGGUUCAUCUGUCCUGACCGGAGCUGAGUGGGAACCAGUGCUGCUGACUGUAGUGCGUCCCUUUCUGGGGCAGGAUGAGGAGCAGGUGGUGGAGGAUGGGGUCGGGCCUGCGGAAGGGGGGGAUGGUUUUCAGAACGGGGCACCGGGUCUGAAGAAGGAGGCCAGAGGGUUCGCAGGUGGGGUGACUCUGGGAGAAGUGAGAGAGGCAUUGGGAGAGCCAAAAGAGAGCCUGCUGUGUCAGGAGCAUAAGGGGGGAAAAAGAAGUGAGCAGGGGGCAGGAGGAGGAGGAGGAGAAGGAGGAGGCGCCAGUGGAUGGAGGGUGUUUCCUCCUGAUGACAUGCAGCGCACGCUAAAGGAGCUGUCGCUGAAAGAUGGAGAUGCACUGUUGGUGCUGGAGCCGCAGUCCUUCGACAACAGUGUUUUCACUCGAAAUGGAGAUGUUGUCACUGUAACAACACCUUCAGACUGCCGCUGGCUACAGGUGGAAUUUCAAUCACACAAAGAUGGAGGCGAAGAGGAGAAGGAGGAGGACCGAAGAAAAGUCAAGGUUCUAGCCACAGGAAAUAUGCUGUUGUCUGAGGUGAAGCAGAGGGCCAUCGAGGAGCUGCAGGUGCAGGAUCAGCUACCAGGUGCACAGUACUGUCUGAGGCAGGUGGACAGCACAGGGAAACUCCUACCUCCAGUGUGUGAGGAGCUGAGUGUUCGUGAUGCAGGCGUGCGACUCAUGACCACGCUCACUCUCUGUCCGGGAAACGCCCCGAAGGCGUCACAGCUUUUCUUGCACUUCUCUGUUGGCACAGCGCCCUCUGCUGGUAUGGAGAUGGACAUCAUAAUAGAAAAGACUUGCACUGUCAAAGAGUGUCUGAAGGCCAUGCUGGAAGCAGUUGGACUUGAUGGCAGCUGUUGGCACCUGAGGAGGCUUGAUUGGUGUGAAGAGGUUGGAGAGCCACUGAUGGAUGAAGAUGCUUCGCUGUCAGAGCUGAAGAUCAUCCAUGGAGAGACAUUAGUCAUCACUGAGGGACAGCUGCCUCCUAAGGGUUUCCUCAAACUGUCUGUGUGGCUGUAUCCGGAUCCUGGAACCAGCUCUGUAGUUCCCUCAGAAACGGAUUCACAUCACACUGAUAAUGGCUACACAGAUGGACAGACUGCAGGUCACUCAGCUCCUCUGUGUGGCAGCAACACAACAGAAGUGAGAAGUGUAGGACAGGUGGAGAUUUCAGACGAGGCCACGCUGGAGGAACUCAAGACUCAGGUGUUGACGCUGCCUGCCCUUCAGGAUCUGUGUGCACCCACCUCUGCAUUCUUGCGUAUGUGGCAGUUGGAGGGACGACGGCUGAUGCGUAUUCUCAGAGGACAACAACUCACACUCAGGAAGUUGAAGCUGAGCACUGGUACAGAUCUGUGUGUGCAACAGCUACUGAAAGAGGAAGACCUCGGGCCCAAGGAGAUGCUGUUGAAUGUGAAGAUGGGCGUUCCUGGUGAAAGGUCUUACUAUCCUCCAGAGGAACUGGUCUGGGACUCUUCCCGCGAUUCUUCCCCUCGUUCUCUACGCACUUGCUUGGCUGCACACUACGGCCUGUCUCCUGACUCGCUGCUGCUGGCUAAACAUCUGCCAGAGAAACACAGCUGGGAGGAAAUAUCAAGCUGGAAUCAGCAGGUUUCCAAAAAGAAAAAGAAGAAAAAGACAGAAUCACUACUGGGAGCACCAUUCCACCUGAAAGAUGGAGACACAAUCGGCAUCAAGAACCUGUUGAUCGACAGCAACAGGGAUUUCUGCACUUUGGCGGAUGAGCAGGGUCAGCAGAGGCUCCGAGAACAGGCAGAGCAACGCAGGAAAGGAGAGCAGACGGCAGGCUUCAAUGGCACGGAGCAGCAGAAGAAGGCCGGACAAAACAAAUCCAGGAAACCAGAAGUGGCGCUGUCAAUCAACGUUGGAGUUUUCAGAUAGCACCUUCUAGGCACGGGGCAUGGACAGAUCAGGACUACAUACCUACACAGAUACAUGCACACAGUCUGGUGCCAAUUUAAUGGAUCAUAUCUAAUAUUGGGCAGUUUCCUCUGAUUUCACACCAGGAUGUGAAGCUCAAAUGCUGGUAUUGAAACAAGGUCCUGCUGUGGUUGGAAACAGAGGGAAUCUGACAAAUCACUGAAAAGACAAUAGACAGUGAGAAUCCAGAGGGAGAUCAGAGCAGGUUUGAAGGAAAAGGAACAUAUUUGAUGAGCCAUCAUUAGAUUAAAAACAAUGUUAGCAGUAAUCCUCUUUCUAGGUUGUAAAAAAACUGGAUGUUAUCAAGUUAAUAAUGCAGGGUUUUGACUUUUUUACCAGAUAAUUGAACCUUUAAAAAAAUCUCAAAACAUUUUCAUCAUCUAGUUUGGUUUUAAUAAAGUAGUGUGUUUUGAUGGUUUAUGGGAAUAUCAGUCACAUGACUUAAAUGUUUGUUAAACAGAACAUAUUCUAAAAAA